AUGAACAACAGUCAUCUGAAAAUACGUCGCCAGGCGAAUAUUAAUUUUGUACAGGAGAACCGUUCUUUCGGAUCCUGCCGUACACCCUCGGGAGAAGAGGGUACCUGUCGUCACAUUGUCUACUGUCGUAUGCCCGAAUUGAAGGAUGACGUGUGGCGUUUGGUAUCACACUUAUGUGUCAUUCAGGGAAGCACAAUUGGCAUGUGUUGCCCUAUGCGUAUUUUAGAUCGCCUGGGACCCCAAAUCCUCACCAAUGAAGAUGUUACCGAACCCCGGGUUGUUAAUGUCCACGCCGAACAAAGAGGUUGUGGUGUAACGACAAAACAAUUUCCACGAGUAUCACGUGGACGUCCGGCGGAACCCGAUGAAUGGCCAUGGAUGGCUGCCCUGUUGAGACCAGGUCUUCCACACGUUUGGUGUGGUGGUGUUUUAGUGACAGAUCGUCAUGUCCUCACCGCCGCUCAUUGUGUAUAUAAAAUCAAAAAGGAAGAUAUGUUUGUUCGCCUCGGCGAAUAUAAUACCCUACUGAUGAAUGAGACAAGGGCAAGAGAUUUCCGUAUUGCAAAUAUGAUAACCCACAUCGAUUAUGAUCCGCUAACCUAUGAAAAUGAUAUUGCCCUGAUACGUAUCGAUAGGCCGACAAUAUUUAAUACCUAUAUUUGGCCGGUUUGUAUGCCACCGAUUGGUGAGGAUUGGAGCGGGGGUAUGGGCAUCGUGACCGGUUGGGGUACACAGACAUUCGGGGGGCCGCAUUCGGAUAUUUUAAUGGAGGCAUCCUUGCCCAUUUGGAAAUUGCAAGAUUGCCGUGACGCCAUUGUGGAGCGAGUCCCCGACACUAUGCUCUGUGCCGGUUAUCCUGAAGGUGGCCAAGACUCAUGUCAAGGUGACAGUGGUGGCCCGCUGUUGGUUCAAUUACCCAAUAGACGUUGGGUCACUGUUGGGAUCGUUUCCUGGGGUAUACGCUGUGGUGAGCCGAAUCGUCCGGGCAUGUAUACCCGUGUGGAUAGAUACUUACAUUGGAUUAUUGAAAAUUCCGAUAUCUAAUUGUCGGAUCUAAAGUGUUAUGCCGUAUUUUAUUA